GGUGCCCGGCGCUCGCCUCCUGGAAGCCGCGGGUCGGCGCUCGCCCCCGAGGGCGCCGGGGCCUCCGCACUCGAACAGAAACUGCUCUUCCAUUGAUUGGGCCCCGUUGGGCGAGCGGCCGGUGCGUGUGCCCCGAGCGAGCGCGUGCGGAAGGCAGAGGGCAGGAAGUAGGACUUCUGCAGCGACGGUGGCGGCGCGGCGCAGGGGACGGAGCCUUCCUAUUUAUGUGUCUGCCGGCGUUCGCCUUCGCCGCCCGAAGACUUCAGGGAGCGUCUCCGAGCUGCGUUCCCCGCGUGUGAGGCACGGAAGGGCUGGCUGUCUGAGCACCAUGAUCACCCAUUAACCUCCAAACUUUCCUUUUUCUUAACCCAAAGAAUAUCGGUGAUUUUUGUCCACUGCUAGCAGAAGAGGAGAGGACCCAGGGCUCUUGAAAUGCAGCAAAAUCCUUAUUUCUAAGCAGGCCCGAGAUAGUGAUAUGCAGACCCCCUCUACUCAGUGAAGUUUUCUAUCCUAUGGAUAUCGGUCUUGAGAUUUGAGAUCGGAGAGCAGUCCUGUCUGCACUGGGUCCCGCAACCUCCGUCCUUUCAAUGCCCAGUUUUCUCUGGGACUGCUGGCCUUCCCUGGAGAUCAGAGCGCUGCUUUGUGCCAUGGGCUGUAUUCAGAGCAUCGGGGGCAAAGCCAGAGUCUUCCGGGAAGGCAUCACCGUGAUUGACGUGAAAGCCUCUAUUGACCCCAUCCCCACCAGCAUCGAUGAGUCCUCCAGCGUGGUGCUCCGCUACAGGACACCCCACUUCCGGGCCUGCCAGGUGGUCAUGCCACCCAUCCCCAAGAAAGAGACCUGGGUCGUUGGCUGGAUUCAGGCGUGCAGCCACAUGGAGUUCUACAACCAGUAUGGGGAACAGGGCAUGUCCAGCUGGGAGCUCCCGGACCUCCAGGAGGGCAAGAUCGAGGCCAUCAGUGACUCAGAUGGGGUGAACUACCCCUGGUACGGCAACACCACGGAGACGUGCACCAUCGUGGGCCCCACCAAGAGAGACUCCAAGUUCAUCAUCAGCAUGAACGACAACUUCUACCCCAGCGUCACAUGGGCCGUGCCCGUCAGUGAGAGCAACGUGGCCAAGCUGACCAACAUCUACCGGGACCAGAGCUUCACCACGUGGCUGGUGGCCACCAAUACCUCGACCAAUGACAUGAUCAUUUUGCAGACGCUGCACUGGCGUAUGCAGCUCAGCAUCGAGGUGAACCCCAACCGGCCCCUCGGCCAGCGCGAGCUGCGGGAGCCCAUCGCCCAGGACCAGCCCAAUCUGAGCAAGAACGAGCCGAUACCGCCCAGCGCCCUGGUCAAGCCCAAUGCCAACGACGCUCAGGUCCUCAUGUGGCGGCCCAAGUACGGGCAGCCGCUCGUGGUGAUCCCGCCCAAGCACGGUAACGGCCAGGGCGCCCUGCUAGGCUAGACUCGAAUUAUAACGCUGCUCCUACCCACACCCGCACGGACUCUUCGGUCAUUCAGCAAAAUACAACCACUCUACCUUCUCGAGCGGGCGGAUCUCACUGUGCAAAGGCCCCGGGAUGGCCUCCCCCAGCCCUCUUGGCACUGCUUCCUUUCGGGGAGGGGGAGGCCCGGCCGGGACACCUGACCCACGUGCCCCUUCACCUCGGGUCUCCUCUCUUGGCAGUUCAUUCACUUGCAAGCCUCCCCGAAUCAACUGCUUUUUCAGUUUUUCUUCUUCUUCUUCUUCGUUUUUGUUUUUUGUUUUUUUGUUUGUUUUUUAAACACCUCUUUACGAGGUUCAGGGGCGGGAGGAGGCGGAGCCGGUCAUGACCCUGACCGGCACUGCUGCUGAUCUGUGAGUGGCGGCUCCCCCCACCCCCGUGGCAGCUCCCUCGUCCCCCAUCACGCGGCCUUACGUAGACUCGCUUUGCCAAACUUCUUCUGCCUUAAGCUGAAUUUAAAGGAAAAAGCCCCAAACCGACAAAGAAAUAGGAUCUCUUUUCUACCGGACUGUUCACCUUCCGCUAGAGGUGAGGGAAGGGGCAGGGCCAGGGCAGAGAGAGAGGGUGCCUGGCCCCUCCUCCCGGGUGGCUGGGGGGGGGGGGGGGGGCAGGGGGACAGAUUUAGACCUAAAACCAGCUGCUCAUUCUUUCGUUUCAGCAGAAACGAAACCAGACAGACCACCUAAAGACCACCCCACCCCUUCUCUCGGGCUCAGGUGGAAACCCCCGUGCCCCACCCCCCCACCCCAUACCUGUGCAGAAGGGAUCUGGGCUUCCCUCCUCUCUCUUCUUGGCAGCCUUAACUUGCCUGGGGUGGAUCUGGGAGGAGAGAAGGAGGGUUGAGCCCAGGGGAUUUUCGCCAUUCCUGUCCUCAGCACCCAGCCACAGAUGGGUCCGCCUUUCCCUUUUCCGUCCACACUGGCCCCAAACGCCUGGAGGGCCGGCCACCUUGAGCCAGAUUUAGUUCUAACAUAAGAAAGGCGGGUGACUUCCCUCCUGGCUCCUUCUCAGGGGAUGCCCCUCCCGGGGGCUCUGGGGGCAGCUGCAAACAGGCUCUGGGCGCCAGUGUCGGAGGGUUGGGGAGACGCUGUCCGGCGGGGGGCGGGGGGGGGGGGGUGGUCCUGGAUCUGGGGAGGCCGGGAAGGCUGUCGGCAGACACCCCUCUGCUGCUGAUUCUCAAGGAAGCAAAGCGGGGCCUCGGGCUGGUGGGGGUCACGCGGGGCCGUGGUUGACAGGCAUCGGGGCCACUCUGGAGGCUGGUGGGGACAGCGUGGCCAGUCUGGAGGGCCACCUUCCCUCGGGUCCAGGGCCCUCCGGAGCCCUAGGAUGGUCCUGAGCGACGCCGAGCCUUCUGCCUUGAAGGCUGCUUGCGGGACCUACGAGGGACACCCCACGGAAGCCCCCCUUCCUCCAGCUUGCCAAACCCCACAGCCACUUCACCCGGCCCUGGGUUUCCAACUAAUAAUAAUACCCAAGCACAGAAAACCGUCAGCAAAGAAAAAGCGUUCAUUUCUGCAGCCGAUGAGCCACUUGGACGAGCCCCGGUGACAGCGUGGGAGGAUGUGGGUCACCUUGCUCUGCUCCUUUAUCCACGUGGUAGUAUACUUAUCCAAGGGUGCUUCACGCCCAAACUGUCUCUCCAGCCCCGCUCCCGACAUCAGGCCCACAGCUGUCCCGGAACAAUGGGACUGUGGUUGCCUGCGCGAUGCCCGGGAACCCCUGUGUCAGGCCUAGGACCUUCCCCCUGUGCCCCUUGGUGUGUAGAGACCCAGUCGCCCCGGGGAGGCCUGAGCCUCGAGUGAGAGGGACGAUGGGUCCAGCUCUACCUCUGGGGAAGGGCCAGGCCGGGAGCGGGUGGGCGGGGGGCCAGGGUGACGGCGUCCUGAUGCCGUGGACAGGACCUGGCCUCCUAACAGAGCGGCCCUUCUCUGCACUCAGGUCUCUCUUGCACUAAAAAAGGAAGAAGGGCCUGGGCGAGGGGGUCAGGAAGCUGGAGUUCUGGUUCUGGGCUGGGUCACCACGAGGGGAUCUUACUGUGCUAGGGGGUGGCCCUGAGCUGCUGGGGGCAGCGUCCCGCAAAUAGGCGCUCGCUGAGCGUGAGCGAUCCCUCCUCCCAGGAGCCGGCGCUGUGCCCACCCGAAGGGGGCACGCCUGCUGUGGCUGCCCGCUCCCCCACCCCCCGGCAUGCCUGGGCCCCAGCUCACCUUGCUCCCUGACUCACACCUGCCCCUCCUGUACCCCUUCUCUCCUCUGUCCCUCCCGGCCUUCUGAACACGGGGCUGGAAAGACCCUGGAGAAACGGCAGGUCUGGCCAAGGACACUGGGCUUAGCUUGGGUCUGGUCCCUGGGCCCCUCCCUGUCGGGAGCACAGACCCCAGGCUUCUCACCUGGGUCCCCAAUCCCUCCGGUGUCCCCGUUUCCUGGCGUGGCACACUCCUCCAGCAAUAAGGACCAUCCGUGGUCGUGGAGAGUACUGUGAAAACAAAACAAUGCACUUACCAGGAGGCACAAGACUCUUGAAGACAUGUAACAUUAACCUUUUUGAAAAACAACAAAUAUUCACAAGAGAAAUAAAAUGUAAUUUUAAAGUA